AUGGCAGACUUUGACGCUUCUCGCGAGCCCGACAUGGCCGCCAAGCACGAGUUCCCUGAGAUGAGCCACAGCGAGAAGGAGGCUUUCGACCGACUCCUUCGCCCCGAUGAUAGCUACACCCAAGCAGGUGUCUACUGGGCUGAUCUUCCUCUCGGACAGCGGAUCAAAUUCGUCCGCUCCGUGGACUCCAAAGAGAGUAGCCGUCAGUGGUCGGCUCUCUGGCAGCAGUUCAAGGCUGAUCCUUUGUCGCCGCUGAUGAACUACUUUCGUGACACCGUCAUUCCAGGUGCUGGUAUUGGUCUGGAAGGUUAUGUUUUGCUCUCCAUCGGAAACAUCUCCACCCUGUUUGGCAAGUCCUUCGAAUCCUGUUGGGGCAAAUACGAGAUCUGCUCCAAGAACUGGAUCUCUGCUAUAUCCUACCUCGAGAUCGUCGGUAUUAUCAUCGGACAGGUGUUGGUAGGUAUUAUUGGCGAUUGGAUCGGCCGUCGUUGGGGUUUGCUACAAGAUGCCUGGAUUAUGAUUCUGGGCUUGGUCAUGCUGGUUUGCGCUUGGGGUACCACGCAGAACGGUUGGGUCAUCUGCUAUGCGUGGUCUUUGUUCAUCUACGGCAUCGGUGUUGGUGGCGAGUACCCGAUGACUGUCACAAGUAGUAUGGAAAAUGCCGUCGGCUCUGGCAAGCUCUCUACCCGGGAUGAUCGUCUUCACCGCGGUGCCAAAGUGAUCUCAUGCUUCUCGAUGCAAGGUUGGGGUCAGGUUCUCAACCAGGCCUUCCUCAUGAUCCUGCUUUUGAUCUUCAACGCCGGCAGCGGCGAGGAGCCCAUUAACCAGACCGCUACCCAAUGGACCUACCGCAUCUCUUUCGUGAUCCCGUUGAUUGGCACUCUCUGGCUUCUUUACUACCGCGCCUACCACAUGAAGGCCGCCAGCAAGCAGCUCGCAGCCACCAAGAAGGCGGCCAAGGUGUCCGUCACUGGCUACGACAGCGAAUCCCUCCGCUUGACUUUCAAGCACUUCACUCCGCGAGUCAUUGCCACGGCUGGCGGCUGGUUCGCCAAUGACGUCUUCUUCUACGGCGCCAAGCUGUUCUCCAGCGACUUCAUCGCCGUUAUCAGCCCGAAGUCGAAGUCAAUCUUCACCACGUGGCAGUGGAGUUUCAUCGACGUUGUCGUCACGUUGGCUGGUUAUUACUUCGCUAUCGCCUUCGUCGACAACAAGCUCUACGGCCGUAAAUGGAUGCAGAUCUGGGGCUUCUUGCUCUGUUUCAUCAUGUUCGUGGUGCCUGCGUUCAACUACGACUACUACACGGAGGCCGCACACAUCCACUCGUUCCAGACGAUGUACUUCCUGUCCAGUUUCUUCAACCAGUUCGGCCCCAACUGUGUGACCUUCCUCGUGGCUGGUGAGGUCUUCCCCACCCCGAUCCGGGCCACCGCGCACGGCAUUUCCGCCGCGACGGGCAAGCUCGGCGCGCUGCUGGCGGCCAUCCUCUUCAACUACAUCGACACCCAGACCAAGUUCUACUUCGUCCCCUGGUGGGGGCUGCUUGGUAUGGCCCUGACAUACCUGUUCCUGCCCGACACCACCGGCCUCGACCUCAAGGAGCAGGAGCGCCGCUGGAUCUACAUCCGGGAGGGCCGUGAGCACGAGUACCACGGCGUGGCCGUGCACCCGAAGCAUUUGUCCGUGUGGGAGCGCUUCCGGGGCGCCAGCAAGUACUACGAUCCGGAGCUGGACUACCAGCAGCGCAUCCGCGAGUACCGCGCCGAGUGGGAGACCAAGAUGGCGCGCCUGAGCGAGGAGACCAAGCGGGAGGAUGAUGCGGACGCCUUCAUUGAGGACGAGUUGCUGGGCGGCUCCGUGCACGACUACUUCUACCGCACGAGCUCGUUGAGCACGGCGCACAGUGUUGAGAAGCUUGACGUGGCGGAGGCGAAGUAG